CGAUGGACUUAGUCGAAUAUCCUUUAUGCUACACAACUUUCACCAUUUCGUGUACUUCGAUCUCGCAAAGUGCAACGUUUUACUGUGCACAUUCAUGCAAUCUGCAGCUCCAAGAAUUGGUAGUAGCGAUUUCAAUCAGAUUACAAUCGAUAUAGCUGGAGAUAGCGGUGUAGGUCAACUCCGAGAGACUGUUUUGGGAGUUCACGAAGAGCUUGCCAGAACAUGCAUAGAGCUUUCGAAAAAGGAUGUCAGACUGGAUGCGCUGUUGGAACGCACAGAGUCAAUGGAGAAAAGCGCGAAACAAUUCAAGAAAAUCAAUAAACAUGCUGUUCACCCAAUUCAGAAAUAUAUCAAAUGGAUCGCAUUGGGAAUCGCCAUCCUUGUCAUAACCGUUGUAAUCUCAUUGUGUCUCGCACUAUGAAUUGACCAUAUGACGCUUCCAAAGAACCACUAGAACCCCGAGUGUUCUGCUUUUCCACAUAUCUCGUUGACACAAAGAGUUCUCUGUUUUUCGUUGCUCUUUCAUUCUUUACUUGACACGCCGAACCCACGGCGCAUCAAUCUUGAUCACAUCGUUGAAAGGCAUAUUUGGAAACUGCCUUUGAUUCCCUUCGCAAAAUGUACCAUGUUUAAGG